UCUCUUCUUUUGUCUCUUUUUUUUAUUUUUUUAAUCCAAAAAAAAGACAUGCCGGAGCUCGCCGAGACCUAUGCGUGCGUGCCGUCGACGGAGCGAGGCCGGGGAAUCCUCAUCUCUGGCGAUCCCAAAUCCAACACGAUUCUAUAUACCAAUGGCCGAUCCGUCAUCCUCCUCAACCUUGAUAACCCUCUCAAGGUCUCCGUCUACGCCGAGCACGCUUACCCUGCCACCGUCGCUAGGUUCUCCCCAAACGGCGAGUGGAUCGCCUCCGCCGAUGUCUCCGGUACCGUGAGGAUCUGGGGGACUCACAACGACUUCGUUUUGAAGAAGGAAUUCAAGGUCCUUUCCGGUCGGAUCGAUGAUCUGCAAUGGUCUCCUGAUGGGAUGAGGAUCGUCGCUUGUGGUGAAGGCAAAGGAAAAUCUUUCGUACGCGCUUUCAUGUGGGAUUCAGGAUCGAAUGUGGGAGAUUUUGAUGGCCACUCAAGACGGGUUUUAAGCUGUGCAUUUAAGCCAUCAAGACCAUUUCGCAUUGUCACUUGUGGAGAGGAUUUCUUGGUGAAUUUUUAUGAAGGACCACCAUUUAAAUUUAAGCUAUCUAUCAGGGAUCAUUCAAACUUUGCCAAUUGUAUAAGGUUUUCUCCAGACGGGAGUAAGUUCAUCAGUGUAAGCUCCGAUAAAAAGGGUAUUUUAUAUGAUGGGAAAACAGGAGAGAAGAUUGGGGAGCUUUCUUCUGAAGAUGGCCAUAAAGGCAGCAUUUAUGCAGUUAGCUGGAGUCCUGAUGGCAAACAGGUGUUGACUGUCUCUGCUGACAAGUCCGCAAAAGUGUGGGAUAUAUCCGAGGAUGGAAAUGGAAAGGUGAAUAGAACGUUGACUCCUUCAGGCUCAGGUGGAGUGGAUGACAUGCUAGUUGGGGGUCUGUGGCUGAAUGAUCGUCUUGUCACUGUUUCACUGGGAGGAACAAUUAGUUUGUUUUCAUCAAGUGAUCUUGACAAAGCCCCACUAUCUCUAUCUGGACACAUGAAGAAUAUUAAUUCAUUAGCAGUUCUGAAAAGUAACCCAAAAGUCAUAUUGUCAAGUAGCUAUGAUGGUUUAAUAGUGAAAUGGAUUCAAGGCAUUGGAUAUAGUGGCAAAUUACAAAGGAAGGAAAACUCUCAAAUAAAAUGUUUUGCAGCUGUUGAGGAAGAAAUUAGCACAUCUGGAUUUGACAAUAAGGUAUGGCGAGUUGCUUUGCAUGGGGAUCAAUGUGGAGACGCAGAUUCUGUUGAUGUUGGUAGUCAGCCAAAGGACUUAAGCAUUGCUCUUCUCUCACCUGAACUGGCAGUCGUUGCUAUUGAUUCAGGGGUUGUCAUGCUCCGUGGGACAAAAGUAGUUUCAACUAUCAACCUUGGAUUUACUGUGACAGCAUCUGCAAUUGCACCUGAUGGUAGUGAAGCCAUCAUUGGUGGGCAGGAUGGUAAACUGCAUAUAUACUCUAUUAGUGGUGAUACACUUACAGAGGAGGCAGUCCUUGAGAAACACCGGGGUGCUAUUAGUGUCAUACGCUACUCUCCUGAUGUUUCGAUGUUUGCUUCAGGGGAUUUGAACCGAGAAGCUGUUGUCUGGGAUCGUGGAACCAGAGAGGUAAAGCUUAAGAACAUGUUGUACCACACUGCACGCAUAAAUUGUCUUGCUUGGUCUCCUGACAACACCAUGGUUGCGACUGGAUCUCUUGACACAUGUGUCAUCAUAUAUGAAAUCGACAAGCCAGCAUCAAGCCGUACAACCAUCAAGGGUGCUCAUUUGGGUGGGGUUUAUGGUGUAGCUUUCACUGAUGAGCAUAGUGUGCUGAGCUCUGGUGAGGAUGCUUGUGUACGUCUUUGGAAGUUAACUCCACAAUGAUGAGAUAGAUGAAGCUCUCUUCUUGGGAGACAUGAGGUCACCCAGAAGAAAUUUGAUGAACUUUCUGGUUUGGGUUUCUUCAAAUUAGAGAAUUGGAAAAGAUAUGUGUCUUUGACAACCCGGGACUGUCGAGAAGCCACUUUGUGCUGUUUGUUGUUGCAAAAGGAAAUGCCUAUAAACUAUUCGGAUCGGCUGAUGGGUCAUGAAGUUGCCGCUUUGGAAUUGAAAAUGUUUCUUUUCUCCUGCAAUUGGGGUUUGGUGGUUCUGUAUAAUGUCUCUCUUAUGAUGUUAUUGUCGUGUGAAAGGUAUUUUCUACACUACUUUCGGGUUCGGACAGGAAUUUUACCAAGGACUCAAAAGUGAAAUCUUUGCCUUUUCAAUCUGCUAAAUUAUUAAUCAACGGAAGCUGUAGCUUGGCUUGUUGCACGAAAAGAAUUUUGACCAUGGAUGCCACUCUACAUAUUGUAGAUUUUUCUUUACCCUUUUUACAAACCCGCUGGAGUUUUCUGAGAAAUGGGGGUUUUGGUGUAUUUUGCCCUUUUUUUUUCUUUUUUUUUUUUUGGUUUUUUUGGUAAAUGCGAUUUUAUUAUGUUCUAUUUUUCUUUCUUGUAGACUUUGGGCUUUUGGGAAGUGGCAACAAUCUUAGUUGGGUUUUGUAUUUUGUGUUGUUUUUUAACUGGUGAGUUGUUUAUGAUCUUAAUAUUAUUUGAAGACCGGGAAGUGUGAUUUUGUCAAA